AUGAUUGAGGACUUGAACGUCACUAGUUUUUCUAGUGAGGAAGAAGAGGAAAAGUUCAUGUUUCCAUUUGAACAAGAAGACGAUGCGUUUUUUCUUUCAUUUCGACUACAUAGUCAAGGGUCCAAUAUCUUUCAUCCCAUUGACGGGGUGGAUAUCGAACGUCCCGCGAAUCCAUUAGUAGCCAUUUUAGAAUAUCAAGAAAUUGUUGAGAGUCGAAAAGAGGUGUCACAAAAGGAGCCUAUGGAGGAAAAACUAGUGGCGGUUACUCCAGUUCCCAGGAGUCGUAAGCGCAAGAUGCUCCAAUUGCCCAAUGCUCCUGUUCAGAUUAUCCGUCCAGUGGCCAAGAGACUUAAGUCCAGUGUCUAUGAACAUGGUGCUAUAGCACCUGCAUCACUUAUGGGAAGCUUGUCUCUUGAUCGGACAAGAGAUGGAAAAGGUUGUCAUUUAGUAGAGAACAACAAGACGGACAAGGCCAAAGCUCCGUGCUGUUCAGCUUCUAUCAACAUUCCCAAUAUGUUCCAGCCUAUUAUCUGGCCUGGAGAUGCCUUGGUAUCUCAUAACACGGAGAGAGACGGCAGCCCUUCAUGCUCAUCCUCGUCCUCGUCCAAGUCGUGGACUAGUGGUCUUGAGCUCGUUUGUCGACGCAGUCUAGACGUGUCGUCUCCAGUGUGUGAGUGCUUUAAUGACUUGGCGCUUACCUCGUCGAUUGGAAGCUGCAAAGGAUCGUGA